UGAGCCUCAACAUGGUCUUCUGUGUCCCAUGAGGUUUGAUUUAUUUCUGUGACUUAUUUCAUUUCAUGUUCACAUUAAUGUACACACCGUGAUUCAUAUAUAUAUAUAUACAGUAAUAUACAGUAAUAGCCUGAAGUCAAUUAUUAAAGGUCAAAUGUAGUAUUUCUGACCUCAUGGUAUGGUCCAUGGUGUGUCUGACAUUUUUAAAGCCAUGGUAAAUACACUUAUCAGUAAGGUGGGGACGUGGCGUUUAUCUUGGCUUGCCUUCUUACACAAUCAUUAACCACUAAACCUUAUGGAUACACAUCCUGUCCACUGGGAGGAUCUAAUAGCACGUGUUGAUUGCCAAAAAAGUGGUACUGAACUGGACUAUAGGGUUGGAUCAAUACAGAUACAAGUCCCAGUACCCUGUUCAUUCACACGUGUUAUGAUACUUUCAAACAUUUGAUAGCGUGUGAUGGUGAUGGUGAUGAUAACGAUCUGGACGUGUUUCACGAUAGCGAUCAAAAACAAAGCAGACUGUUCUGUGAAGAUUGCAAGAGGAGGAGCUACGGCCUUGUGCUCCACCACCAGCGCUGAAACAUCUGAACUAUUAAACUCAACUCUCUUUAUCGAUGAUGUUGUUACUUCUGCUCUGCUGCUAUCAGGGGUUCAGACGCACAAGGAGAACGUACUUUGACAUCAGAACAGAACACGAUGUGCGAACACAGUGACAACAGGAAAUGUAGAUGUGUGGGAGAAAGAUGCUGAGAAAGCGCAUACAUAUCAAAAUAUCUCAUAUAAAACAUCACUUUUAGCAUCCACAUCAGAUCUGUUCAUUACAAUCUUUCUGUGGAUUAUUUUGGAUUUUAAUGGAUCUGAGUGCAGCAGUAUCGCUAAAAUCAUGUUGAGAAUCUUCUCGGAUAUCCUCAGGGCUCCAAAGCAAACCAGAAACAAAGAACAAAUGGGUCAUCUGGAAGCAUUGUGAUCAAGUGUAAGGACCUGCGGAUCCUCCAGCUGGACAUUCCCGGGAUGGAAGAGUGCCUGAACAUCGCCAGCUCCAUCGAGGCACUCUCCUCUCUGGAGAAUGUGACAGAAAUGUACCCCUUCUUCCACCGGCCCCGAGGGCUCAGACUGAGUGACCCCUGGGGUUUAUCCUCUACAGAGCAGGAAUACAAACAAACAGAGAGGCUGUGGGACAGAUGGAGGCUGAGCACAGUGAACCGGGAUUUCUCGGUGUGUCCGUCGUACCCAGACGCCAUGAUCGUACCGAGAUCGGUGGACGAUGACACUCUGGUGAAGGCGGCGAGAUUCCGACAGGGAGGCAGAUUCCCAGUGCUCUGCUACUGCCACCAUCGCAACGGCAUGGUGAUCAUGCGGAGCAGCCAGCCCAUGACAGGAGCCAAUAGGAAGCGCUGUAGGGAGGACGAGCUCCUCCUACAGACAGCCAUUAACGAAUCAGAGCUGGGUUACAUCAUAGACACGCGCUCCGCCCAGCAAGCCCAGCAGGCCAGGAUGACCGGCGGGGGCUUCGAGUCUAAAUCCUGCUAUCGACCCUGGAAGAGAUUACACAGACACAUGGAGAGAGGUAAGGUGUUACAGGAGAGUUUAAUAAAGCUGGUCGAAGCAUGCGUGGACUCGUCUCACAAUAUGGACCGCUGGCUGAGUAAGCUGGAGAACUCCAAAUGGCUGUCUCACGUCCACAGCGCGCUGUCCACCGCCGGACUCGUGGCCGAGUGUGUAGAGAGGGAUGGUCACUCAGUGUUGGUUCAUGGCUCUGAGGGAACAGAUAGCACGCUGCUGGUGACGUCACUCGCUCAGCUCAUCAUGGACCCUGAGUGCAGAACGUUCACAGGCUUCCUCUGUCUGCUGGAGAGGGAGUGGGUACAGGCAGGUCACCCGUUUCAGCAGCGCUGUGCCCACUCCGCCUACUCUCACGCCCGGCUGAAGUACGAGUGUCCGUCCUUCCUGCUGCUGCUGGACUGUGUGUGGCAGAUCAUGCGUCAGUUCCCUUUGGCAAUGGAGUUCAGUGAGGCUCUGCUGCUCAGACUGGCGCAGGAAGCCUAUGCCUCCGACUACGGGACCUUCCUCUGCAACAACGAACACGAGCGACACACGUUGCACGUGAAGGAAAACACACACUGCCUGUUCCGGUUUCUGUUGCAGUGUUCUGAUAGAGAGCAGUACAUUAACCCUGUGUAUGAACACACACAGCUCACCAUCUGGCCUUCAGUCCAGCCGCAGUCUCUCCAGCUGUGGAACGGACUCUUCCUCAGGUGGACAGAACACACUCAGAUGAUGGACGAGGCCCGAGAGGAGAUCAGGACUCUGGUCAAAGUCCACAGGAGAGAGAGGAUCAGCAGCGAUGAAGCCACACACACACAUCUCACACACCGAGACGCUCUCACGGUUCUCGAAAACUACAUGGACGAGCUGACCAUCCUGUGACCAUCCACUCUCCACCUCCUCGCUCUGUUCAUGUCCUGCUCACCUCGUCUGUUUACAGUUUACCUCCAUGCCACUGUAAAAAAAUAUUUGAUUUCUCAGUGACUCCUUUUAGAUUUGAAGAUUAUCGAUGGGAAAUGAAACCUGAAACCCUUUUUUCCAUGCUCAGGGAUCUUCCUGUUAGCCGAGACAGGAACAGGAAGCUACGAACGUCACGUUUCGGGUUCGCGCACAUCAUCAUUUUUAAUAUUCCCCAGUGUUACCCUCAGGUUGGACUUUAUGUAGGCUGUUUAUAGUACUGUGAAUUUCUAUCUGAAUUAAAGGCUUUUACACACCUGAAAUAUUCUCCCUGUGUGAUUAAACAGAAUCCUGGGUUUAUGUAGUUAGAGGUUAUAAACUCCAGUUAAACAGAAUCCUGGGUUUAUGUAGUUA